AUGUCUUCCCGCGCUCAUCAUCUCCUCGUCCUCCUCUCCGCCGCCGCCGCCUUCUUCCACGUCGUCGUCCUAAGCGAGCUCGACUACGUGGUCGUCAACAACGCCCCCGACACCCCCGGCGGAGGCCGGUUCACGGACGAAAUCGGCGUCGACUACGCCCGUUCCCAACUGUCCUCCGCCGCGGACUUCGUCCUCAACCACGUCUUCCUCCAGCACAACGCCACCGACCGGCGAGGGUACCAGCAGGUCAAGCUCUUCGUCAACAGGUUCGACCCGGCGUCCCACGUGGCGUACACGGGCGCGAACGAGAUCUACUUCAGCGCCGACUUCAUCGGGGCCUACUCGGGCCCGGACCUCAAGAGGGAAUUCUCGGGGCUGCUGUACAGGGAGAUGGCGCACGUGUGGCAGUGGAACGGCGGCGGGAAGGCGCCGUCUGGGCUGGUGGAAGGGAUCGCGGGGUACGUGAGGUUGAAGGCUGGCCUGGCGCCGGAGUACUGGGUGGGGCCCGGCGGCGGGGAGAGGUGGGACCAAGGGUUUGACGUGACGGCGAGGUUCGUGGAGUAUUGUGAAGGUGUGAGGAAGGGGUUCGUGGCGGAGAUGAACCGGAGGAUGAAGGUUGGUUAUGGCGAUGGGUAUUUUGGGGAGGUGUUGGGGAAGGAAGUGGAGGUGGCGUGGAGGGAUUAUAAGAGCAAGUACGCGAAGAAGCAAAACCCCGCCGCCGGGGGUGGAGUGAAGUGA